ACCGUCUACUAAACCACCGGAUGGCAAGUCUCCACAGUCUUUACGCACGGAGAGCGCAUGGAGAGUUUGCGAGCACGUGUGGGGGUCCCUCCCUUCCAGGCUGUCCGUGGCCUCCUCGCCCCGGCGUGCAGCUCCAAGACUCAGCCAAACCCUCCUGAUCCCCCAUUUCCUUCUCUCUACCUUUCCUCUGAAGAAACAACCCUGCGUUACGUCAGAAAGUGCAGGGCAAGCAAGACAGCGUCUUAGGAGCUAUUCGUAGGCAUUGCUGUCAAACCCGGAUUGGGGCUGCUCACGAGCUCACUGCAGCCAAUGCAAUUUACAAAUCCAACUCUUUUAAAGCAGCAGCAGUAUGCGGUCUCUGUUGCUGGCACAAUUGCGCAAAAAAACAAACAGUGUAAACGGUGUAAAGAUAAAGAGUAGGCUGGUUUACCCUGUAGCCUCACUGAAAACACCAUGACCUGAUGAAGCAACAGAGAUUUUUGACGCACAGAGAGUUCUGCAGCAUUUUUUGUGUUUGAUUCUUUGCUGAUCUCAAAAACAACAAUGCCCCACGCUCGAAAUAGGAACCCUAGCCCCAUUCCAGAGGUAACAUGGGACACGGGAUUGAAGGAGAUGAACGAGACCUGGAAAGGAGCUAUAGCCUGUCUCGGGGUGGCCGUCUUCUUUGUCAUGACCAUCGGGAUCAUAUACUGGCAAGUGGUGGACCAGCCCAACAAGAACUGGAUCCUCAGGGGGACUUUUAGCGGACUGAUCUGGGAAAGAAGAACCCACUCGCUGGUUAUACAAACUCUGAUGGAGGACAAGACCUAUGUGGAGAUAGACGUCGGGAACGUGGGGAACCCCGACAUCGAGGUUCCCUUCGUGAGAAACCUGUGCUGGCUGAAUAAAACGGAGUUCUGCUAUACGUGGGACUCGGUGGCCGAGGUGAAGAUCUCGCUGGAGGUGAAUGAGGAGACGGAGUGCUACAGUAUGACUUGGGUGCCGGUGCACUGUCAUGUGGAACUGAAGGACUGCUUCUCCAUGACCAACGUGUCCUGGUACGGCGGCGCCAGUGUCCGGGGUCAGACCUGGCCAAUCAACGAUCAGAAUGCCACCACGCAGCCCUUCGUUGUGAGUGAUCUUAAGGACAAUCCCUCUGGCUUCGGCUCUGCCCUGGAACGCUACUUCCUGGGCUCAUCAGGUGUUGCUGUGCUUGUGUCUCCAGAUAUUCCCCUGCAGCUGGGGGUGGACAGCAGACAGCAGUUCUGCCUGCAGUCACUGCCCAGUAUGGAGCGUCUCCCUCUACAGUACACUGUGUGUGUGGCCCACAACAUGAAAGCUGCUCACCAGGAAGCAGUGCAACAACUCUCCCAACACAGCAGGGAGCUGCCCAACAUGAAAGCACUGUGGCUGCCAUUCUGGAAGCUGCUCGCCAACAUGGAUUCAGGGCCGAAGGUGGAGAGGGAGCUGAGGACCUUCUCCAAUCGUCUGAGGAGACACCAGCUGGGGGAGGGAGUCAUCAGCCUCAAUGAACAUUCCACCACCCUCCUCUCUGAUAUGGACCAUGACUACCUCAACAGCAGGAAAAGGGGGAUGUCCAAGAGACUGACCAGGGACCUCCCACUUGUCAAGCUUCUUAACAUUUCCAUCACCCUGUCCCCUUUCCUGGGCGUGGGCACCACGCAGUUCCACACCUCCCUCAUGGACGGCACUGAGGCCUACUGGCUCGGUCUCCCCUCAGCCCCCCAGGGACAGCUGAUCCCUGUGAUGAGUCAGUGGCAAGGAAAGUUCUGUGUCAAGCUGAACAUCACCAACCCAGGAGCGGUGAGCUGGUUCCUGGACAGAGUGGAAUCCCUGCAGGCCCAUUUGGGGAUGGAGUAUGUCAUGCUGGAGGGGGGCGAAGGGAAUCUGUUUGAGGAGCAAGCCCUGCGACCACCACAGGCUCUCGGUGGAGACAAGUACAUCAGCCUGCUGGCCGACCUGGCCACAAGGAUAGGAGACUCCACCAUUGUGACAGCAGGGACACGGUCGAGCGACAAGCCUCUGUUUGUGAGGAUGACCCCCUUGCAGUCCGACUGGAGCCCAAUGGGCCUGAAGGGCAUCAUUCCCUCCCUACUGCACCACACUCUGCUGGGAUACAAUUUCCUCAUUCCUGAUGCAGUAGGUGGCUCUCUGUCUGGAGACCUGGUCACAGAUGAGGAGUUGUUCAUUCGUUGGCUGGAGAUCACAGCCUUUCUCCCUGUCAUCAGCUUCCACACACCACCCUGGGUCUGCGGAGAGGACCGGGUGUUAAACCUAACUCGGACCUACAUAGCAAAGCACCAGAGGGAUGUGGUCCCACUGAUAGAAAAGUAUGCAGAAGAGUGGCAGAUGACGGGAAACCCCAUCUACCGGCCGAUGUGGUGGCUCAGUCCCAGUGACCCCAUGACCUUCACCAUCGAUGACCAGUUCCUCAUUGGAGACGAGGUCCUGGUGGCACCAGUGGUGAAGAAGGGGGCGGUGCAGAGGGAUAUUUAUUUACCUGAUGGGGGCUUCCAGUGGCAGGACAGCCAGAAUGCCCAGGUGUUCGAUGGGGGGACGUUCCUACAGGAAUACCCUGUGCCCUUGGAGGAGGUGGCCGUUUUCUUGCGGAGAAGCUGAGUCCCAAUGACUCAUCCACCAAGUCACCUGACUUAUCCUGUUACUGUUUUGAAUCAAAUUCUUUAAAAAAAAUACUUGUGCUGUUCUCAACUUGCACUUUUCCACUAAAGACCAUUGACCCUGUCUCAAGGCCCUGUCUUGAGAUGAUUUGUAGAAAGAUUUUUUUUUAUACUUGCACUUUACAGUUCAAAAUGUUUUGUGUUUUUCUUUUUCCUUUGUGACAAUUUCUUUUCUUCCUUUUUUAAAAUGUUAUUUGGUUUUACCUCUUGGCUGAUUUGUUUCCGGACUUUUUGAUCUGUUCUGCCAUUUUUUUGUAUGUAAGUUCCGGAGAAAUCUGUGUGUUUACAUACUGCAUUUCUACAGUCUUUACAUUUUUAGUUGCUGCUGGCUCUCUUGAUAAGGACGAACAAAGCAAGCCCUUUGUUUGCUUAAAAAGAAUCUGAAUCUCUCAAGAAGACCAAAUGAAGACAUAGAAGGACAUAGGAAAUUGUUUGAAAGUGCUUUUUCGGGGGAAAUGCUUAUUGGGAGGAAAUUAGCUCAGAGAAAAAGCCUCAUACAGAGACCGAUGCACCAAGGUACCGUAUUUCUCGCUCACUAAUCAGAAAGGCUUUUACUUGAACUCAUCAGGCUAACAGGCUGAUGUUUUAUGAAUGUACCUCAAGUUAUGGUUUUUCACUGCAUCAUCAGACACAACAAUCUAUCACCCCUUAGCACUUAUUCUUAGAGUAGUUAAACUUAACUUAUCAACAUACCACUCGGUUGGACACAUCUGAAUGUCCCAUAGUACUGUAGGCCAGAUGAACUUGAGGCCAAGCCACUGAAAUUGUAACUCUGGUUGUAUUUGAAUUUAGAUUUUACCUUCUUACUAACCUGCUGUAGUAAGGGCUUUUAAAUGAGCAGCUCAUUUUUUUACUAACUCUGUCUGAUGUUAUGUUGAUAUGCUCUUUCAUGAGUGCCAAAUUAAGUUCUAAAGAAAGAAUUGUUGACGACACCACAGAGGUUGAAAGGAGACUUUUAAUAGAUAGUUAGACAUGUUGGGACAUACAUAUAUUAAGCUACUGCAAGCAGCCAGUUAGCUUAGCACAGUGUAAAGACUGGAAAUAUGGGGAAACAGCUAGCCUGGUCCAAAAGUAACAAAAUCUGAUCAACAGCACCUCCGAAGCUCACAUAGUAAACGUGGAAUAUGUGAUUCUGGAGAAAGAGCCAGCAAACCAGCUUCAGACAGCGAUACUCACAACUCUCCUGCUGCUAUAGCUAACAUCACAACAACAGCAUGUCUCGGCAAACUGGAAAGUAAGCUCAAUGUCCGUGGACAAGUCAUUUAAUGUUACCUGACACACAAAUCAUGGCUGGAAUAGUGUGGCCCUGUUCGAGUCACUUUGUUUCUUUCCCAUUUACAGAUUCAGAACUGUGUACAAACAGUUUAUUUCAGCACACACACGGACAGCUAGCAGACCGUGAGGAGAUAUUCGCUGAAUUUGACCAAAAGACGUGUAUUGGAUUAGAAUCGCAUACCCCACCUUUAACAGGUUAUAUUUCGUUUAUUUACAAAAAACAGUGUAAAAAAGGUGAAUUGUGGUUUUACAAGGGGUUAUGUGCUGGACUAUUUCUUGGCUAGAAGCAGUGACUUCCCCCAGUUUCCAGUUUUUAUGCUAAGCUAACCGUCUCCGGGAUGUAGACUUUCUAUAUUUACAGAUAUGAGAGUGUUAUCACUCCUCUCAUCUAAGUCUCUGCAAAAAAGCUAAUAAGUGUGUUUCCCAAAAUGUCAAACUAUUCCUCUAAUAGGACGACAUGAGGGAAAGAGCUCUUCAGACCCCAGAAUACAUAAAUACGAUGCUCUCAUAUGUAGGAAAUGUCUAUUGCAGCCAUCUUGGAUUUAUCAGAAAUUGUUGAACGCAUUACCUGAUGUUUAAAGUCACAGAGGUGCAGUGGCCACUUGACAUAAACCCUGAUGAGUGAUUCAAUUUCUGCCCUCAUGCGUACCUUCACUUAGCUUACCCUUUGGACUGUUCUUGUAAUCACAUCCACUUCCAUCUCUUCCUUUAGUUCAGUAGCAUUACUUUUUUUUUAACCCUGACUAAAUGCUUUAAGCAAAUUAUGUGUAAAAGAUUUUCUUUUUAUGAGAAACUGAUUUUCUUUUGCAAUUAUAUUCAAAACUAGCCCAUGGGGACAUGUAACCACUUUUGCACCAUGAUGCAUUGCUCUAUGUACAGUUAAUUAGUUGAGAAUGCUCUUUUGCAGUGCUUUUCUUUAUUGAUUUGUUCUUAACAAGACAAUCUUAACUGGCCAGCAGUGAUGAUACAAACUCUGAAACCUUAUCACUUAGUGAAUGCUUUACCACUAAAUUAACUGUGUAACUUUGAUCUAAACAAGUUUACUGUAUCAACUCCAACACUCAGGUCUACUGAAGCUUAUAAAAUCACAAAAUGUCUUAGUGCAACGCAGUAUGUUGUGAACACAUCGACGUCUUAAUCUUUCCUAGAGCUAAAUAUACAAUGGACAAACUGUGAUUUCCUAACCGAGCCCUUCGUGUGAAGCGCUUUUCCCGUUCUAAUGCCUUUAUGGAAUGCCGUGGUAUGUUCAUGUACAAGUUACAGGAAAAGCUUUGAUGUGUUAUUCCUUCCCUCUACAGACCGAGCGAACUAUGUGCCUUAAUAUGCCACUCUUAAAUCUGGACAACACAAGUGUCUGGAUUAUUGCAGUAUCAGCAAUGUACAUAUUACGAUGACUGUGCCAUUACAAGUGUUUUUUCUCUUCUGUAAAUCAGAGAACUUAGAAUGACAAAGUUGCAAUAAAGUUUACAUUUUCUUACUUCACUUCCUCAAGUAAUUUAGUUCAUGCUUAUUUCAAGACAUCUUCAUGUUAUAUAUUAGCAGUGAACACAGUGGGGCUUCAGGGUGGAUGAGUAAGUAGGAAGACCACCUUUCAAGUGGGGAAGGCGAGGUUUAAGCUCUCUAUCUCAGAAAACAUCUGGACUGCUUUUUUCCACAGUCCUUGAUUUUGUGUGCUCUUUCUGUGUUCAUGUUGGUUUUCUUUGGGCGCUUCGUAUUCAAUGCCUUUGUGUGUUUGAUUAUCCAUCCGAUGGACGCCACAUGUCAGUCUGGUUCCUUACCUGCCACCAAAGCAUUGUGGGAUAGGCUCCAACACCCAGAAUGACCCUAAAUAAAAAUAUGCAAAUGUGGAAAAUAAAUAAAUGAAGAUUUCAUCAUGUGAA